AUGGAUUUGGUUCAACAGAUCCUCUUGACCGCCUUGGCUGGCUUGGUCAUUGUGCUUGUGCUCUUUUUUGUUCAGUCUGGUGGAAUUUCCAGAACAUUUACCUCCAGUAGCUCUCCCUACUUCAAGCCUACUUUUCUAAUUCUAGGAGCCAACAACGCCGGAAAAACGAGCUUGUUCUACCGUUUCGUAGAUGAUUCUGUUCCAGAAGGCAAGAAACGUCCUGUAACUCCUACGGUCUCGUCCAUUGAACCGAACAUCACUGAGAUAGAAUUGCCUUUUUCCAACAACUCCAUCUCCAGGGUCUACCAGUUGGUAGAUUAUCCAGGCCAUUUGAAGUACUUUCAGCUUUUCUACAAGCUUCUCUUGGAAGACAUAACGCUACAAAAAGUGAAAGGUAUAGUUUACGUAAUCGACUCGUCGUCUCAGUGGUUUAAUAAUAGUGAGAAUAUAGAGGUUAUCUCCAAGUAUCUAUUUAAUUUGUUUCUGGUAACAGAAAGAUUGCAGAACGGAGUGGACUUCCUCUUCGCCGUCAACAAAAACGACUUGUUCGACUCAGUGCCAGUCCACAAAGUCAAGAGUGUUCUUGAGGCCGAAAUCAACAAGUUGAUCCAGAACGAGUUGAACACUGUAGACAAACAAUCUGGAAUCGACAAGAGUGAAGACGACGCAGAAUCAGAUGAACAGUACUCAAGCACGAUUGGACAUGAAUCUUUAAGAGAAUUCUGGUUGAGUGUCAUUGGAAGACCAGAAAACAAGUUCACAUUCGACCAAUUAGAGGGAAACACCGAUUUCGUCGCUGGCUCUGUGUUGAAGAAUAAGGUCGAGACAUGGGAAAACUGGUUUGACGAGAAAGUCGUCAAUUCCAAUCUCUGA